AUGUCGCAAGCUUUCGACUCUGGAAAUGACUCGGGUGCUUUUGAGAACCGACCAUCCAUGAUGCACCAGCUUUUCAUGCAGGACAGCCAGGAAGGUCAAGAACAGGAUGAUCUGAAGGUACUGGAAGAAAAGGCCCCAGUGGAACGUGAAGCAGGGAGACAGAUACGAAAAGCUUGGGAAGAAUUGGCCAAAAAGGCAAAUGCCAAGAAGAAGAGGGGAUCAAUUGUAGGUGUGGAAGGAGAUGAUGAUGACGACGAAGACGAGGGCUUUUUUGACUUGGAAGAAGAUGACUAUGCCGUCGCCCUGACUCGCAUGACACGUGAAAAAGACGAUGCUUGGAAGGAGAACGACUCUGACAAUGAUGAAGAUGAUGACGACGGCGGCAAGCAGCCAGAAGAAACAAGGGAUCCCGAACACAACCACAACGGAACUGUACCAGGCAGUCCUCCGGCAUCGCCGCCACAAUCACCAGUCACAGAAGCCAGUUACACUCCAUUGCGUGGUGACAGUAUCCCCCUGUCAACAACCACGGCAGGGUCCCGCAGAGCUUUGCCGAAAUCGAAACCGAAAAAGCCUCCACAACACAAGCGGAAAACCCACAAACGAGCAGAAAGCGUAGAGCAGGCCAUGUUUGGUCUCCUAUCUACCCAAGCUGCUUUGCCGUCAGCCAAUAAUAAGCCACAAAAUGGAAGCACCACCACCAAUAAGCCACAGCCAGAUCGGACCAAACUUCUUAGCAAAAAGGCUCGUCCUGUUCUGGAGUCUCCUCUCUUGGCCACUGAUCAGCUGAUUGAUACGGCUCAAGCUCGUGUCGAAGAAGUACAGGCUCAAAAUAAUAAGGCAAAGAAGAACCAGCCAGAGUCUCAACCAAAAAAUAAUGAGGAUGAAGCUGAGGAUGCGCAAAAGCAACGACUCCAGGCCAUCAUUAACGAGAACGGAGACAAGGACGUCAGAACAAACGAGAAUGAGGCUAUGGAACGCAUUGACGAAGACGAUUCGGAAGACGACGAUGAGAAUGAGGAGAGUGAACAGGCAAACAACACUGCAAAUAAUCAGAAUGAUGAAGAAAAUCCCCGGCAAAAGCUGAGAAGAAAAAAGAGCCGACAAUCCAAGUUUUUGAGAAGCGUGACCAACUCGGUGCAACAGGAUUGGGAGCUCUUCCAGCAGUUCCUGACCCCACGAGAAGGCACAAUUUGGCUUUACGUUAGAGUUGUGGUCUUUUUGCUGGUCCUUCCAUCCCUGAUUAUUGCCGCAUUGCUGUUCUAUCUCAAAGAGUACCCACACCAACAGGAGGUGGGAUACAGUGCGCUCACCCCAGAAGACCACCCCUUUGUAUCUUGGUGGUUCCUUUUUAUUGGUUGCCGCCAAGUGGUGACAUUGUCGCUGGCCCUUGCCACACAAGCACUUGUGAUUGACUAUCUAGCACUGGGGAGUCGCUUCUCUCUCAAGUUCUUUGGCCCAGCAGUGACGUUGCUGGCGGUACAAGCUCGCGGAUUUCCCAGCAUUCUGAUUUUCUGGUCAUUUUACAACCUCGUGCUUCUCUCGGGAGACCGACGCUUUGCUCAUCACUGGCUCUAUUGGCAGGAUUCUAUCCUCUUGUUCUCUGAGUAUAACUAUAGUGGACAUGUGGUCCAAAGUGAAUGGAACUUUCGGAUUCUGAUAAUGGCCGCUCUUGUUGGGAUUUUGGUAACCAUCAAACGGGUUUCCCUGGGACUCUUUUUGGCUCGAAAGACGCUCUCACAAUUUGGGGAUGACUUUGAUGUUGUGAAGCAAAACAUGUUGGUGGUUGGUGAGUUGGCGACUCUGGGUGGUGAAAUCCAAUACGAGCAGACAUCCCUCCUGCCGUUCGCUGCCCGAGAACCCGGCAUGAGCGUGACGAGCGCGAACCUUCAAACCAUCAAGAAAACAAUCAACUUUGAGUAUACCGAGCGUUCUCAUAGUCAUGAGAACGAUUCACAUAGGACACCAAAUGCAGCAGCCGCCGCGUCUGCCUUUGUUCGAAAGUAUGGUGAUAAAGAAAGCGUUGGUACCCCUGGCUCUAUUGUAGCGGUCCAAGGAGGUACCAGUGCUGCAGGGACUCACGUAUCAGAAGAGCUUACGGAAGCAGAAGGUGACCACGAUUUCGAAGCUACGCAAGAUUCUGAACUGUACGAACUCCUCGGCGAAUGGGAGGGUGCAGAAGACAGGCUAGAAAGGAAAAAGAGAGAACGAAUCACAGUUGGCUCGAUCCUACGGUUCUACAAAGAGCUGACGAUCAUGAACAGGAGGUAUCCGUUUCUACCUGUAUUUGGCAGAGCGGACACACGAGAAAAGACUAUCAAGUCUGCCCAGCGCUUGUUUGAUAGGCUGAUGUUGCGCACUCCAACGAUGAAGAAGCUUCCGUUCUCGACUAUUGCUAUCUUGGCCAAGGACGAUGAUGGCAUCAUCGACAAGAGCAAGUUGCGCGAGUUGAUCCGACUCUUUCGACCUGAUCGGGACGGACUUCUCGGCAAGCUUGAUUUUGUACGGAGCAUUGAUGAGAUCUACAAGGGAAUGCGUCGACUGAGUCUUAAUGUGGAAGAUAGCGGGCAGAUCGACAAGGGCGUCACAUUCCUUUGCAAUGUCAUAUUCUACUUUGUAAUCGGAGCGAUCGUGUUGCAGCAGCUGGGAGUGGACCCGCUCCAGUUGUUCGCUUCGUUUUCCAGUCUCAUUCUGGGCUUCGCCUUCAUCUUUGGAUCGUCUAGCGCAAAAUACUUUGAGGGGAUGCUCUUCAUUCUGAAUCAGAGGCCAUACGGUGUUGGGGAUCGAAUACACCUUUCACAUCCUAGUGCCGACACCAACCCGAAUGGAAGUUCCGGUUGGAUAGUUGAGAAAGUCACGUUGACGACCACCACGGUGUACUGGGGCGCUACCAACGAAAGGGCCACGCUUAGCAACGGAGCAAUCUCGAAUCUUCGAGUUAUUAACGCAGCUCGCUCCCCAAAAGCAACAAUUUAUGUCCACACGAAGUUUGGAAUCGAUACUAACUACAACAAGAUACAAGUCUUUCGAAGUGCUGCCGAACAGUUUCUCAAACAGCGGCCUCGAGAGUGGUGUGCCUUUCUGGGGUUCCGGCCGAGUGAGGUCGUGAUCGAUAGGGGAUACAUCUCCUAUACAUUGAUUGCACAGCACAGGGAUGGCUGGCAGAAAAUCGGAGGAAUACUUUCCAGCAAGGCAAAGCUGACGACCUACCUGCUGGAGGUGUCAAAACAGCUGGGAAUGCGCUAUCUGUCGCCACCGCUUCCGGUCGACUUGAGCAUCAAGGAUGCCUCUGCCGCGCUCAAAGCAGCAGGCAUCAAAGAAGAGGCAUUCGAAAGAGGUGUUGGGCAGACAAGAGAUCCUUUUGGCAACUAG